AUGCCGCUUGGUGACAACUCCAACUCGAUGCUAAGAGUAUUCGAAACCGGAAUCGCCCUCAUUGGAAUCUGCUCUGUCCCUGCACUCGGCAGCACGGUAAUCCGCCUCAGGAGAAGAGAUGCGAAGCAAGAUGUGUACGAAGAUGGGGAUGGUAAGGCUACGCCCGAGUCGGUGAAAGCUUACUCGGGGAAGCUCCCGAAAUCAUUCGUUGUGGCUUCGGCGAGUGUUGGCCUCGCCAUUUCCAUUGCCCUCCUCAUCAUAUCUCCACACGCCAACGACCGUCUGUUGAUAGACAGUUUGAGUAUCGGGUCCUGGGCUCUCCUCUUGUUCCAGGCCGUUGCUAUAGCUUCGAGCAGGAGUUCGGUUCAUGCCUACCGUCUCGGCAUCUACACGUUCUUCUCCGCGAUGGCCCUGGCUGGCAUUUUCCUCGCCCAGGGCACCACAAUUGGUGAAUCGCUGUUGCAUUCAGCACCCGUGGCUUUCGGCCUCCGUGUGGGUGAGCUGGCCUCGAGCAUAACACUCGCUGUUUCGGCCCUUUGCAUCCCUAGGAGACCCGACGUCUUCUUCGAGGGCGAGCUGGUGGACCGCAUGUACACUGCGUCUGCCUUCCGCCGCUUUACAUUUGGCUGGCCAAACAAUCUUCUCAAUCUUGCUGCGAAGAAGAAAGAUCUGGACCUGGCUGACCUUACGCGGCCGGAUCACUUCACCCGUGCCACUUGUGUAUCUGCCGACUGGAAGGCAAAAAAGACCGAGGGUCAACGCCUUUGGAUAUCUGUCGUGUUAGCUCACAAGAAAUCCUUGAUUUUGCAGUGGUCGUUGACUCUUGUCGCCUCGGUCCUGAACUUUGGCCCCCAAUGGGUCAUUCUGCAGCUCCUGAGGUACCUCGAGGACCGCCAACCGGGCAGCCAACAUGGAAUCGACGCUUGGAUGUGGGUUAUCUGGCUCUGCAUCGCCAUCGUCACGCUGUCCUGGGUGGAAACUUACACCUGGUUCAUGUCGUACUCCGAACUUCAAAUCCCUGUCCGCGCUCAGCUCUCGGCCCUCAUUUUUGAAAAGUCGAUGCGUAAAAAAGACGUCAAGGGUGCCGACAAGCCCAAGAAGAAGGUCUCCGAGGAUGAAGAGGCCGCAUCGGACCGCUUGGCGACAGAGGACGAGGGAGAUGACUCGGAUGAGCUGAAGAACAGCAAGCAAAGCACGGUUAAUUUAAUCGGCGUCGACAGCAAGCGAGUAUCCGACUUCUCCGCCUUCCAGAACCUCUUUCCGGGCAGUCUUUUCGAACUCAUCGUCUCCCUCGUCUUCUUGCUCAACCUCCUAGGCUGGAAGCCACUCCUGGCUGGCUUUUCGGCCAUGGUUGCCAUCAUGCCGGCCAACAUCUACUUUUCCAAGCGAUAUUCCGCAGCGCAGGAUCGCCUGAUGAAAGUCAGGGACGAGAAGAUGGAGGUCGUUAACGAAGCGCUACAGGGGAUUCGCCAGAUCAAGUUCUCCGCCUUGGAGCCCGAAUGGGAGGCCAAGAUUAGCACUGUCCGGGAGCGAGAACUCAGUGCCGUCUGGAGCGUCUUCAUGAACGAUACAAUAUUGAUAGGCUGUUGGGUGACGAGCCCCAUCCUUUUAUCCGCCAUUUCCCUGGCCGUCUACGCCAUCGUCAAUGGAUCCCUAGUCCCGUCGGUGGCAUUCGUCAGUCUAGGCGUCUUCAAGUCGCUCGAGAUGACCCUGUCUGUCGUCCCAGAGCUGAUGACCGAUCUAAUGGACGCUUGGGUCUCCAUCCACCGUAUCGAACAAUACCUCAAUUCCCCGGAGGUGGAAAAGAUUUCAAAGGACUCGGACGAGGUGACUUUCGACGAUGCUUCCAUCGCCUGGCCGUCGGAUGAGGACGUGGACGAAGCCGAUAAAUUCGUCCUCCGCAACAUCAAUGUCACUUUCCCCAAGGGCGAGUUGUCGGUCAUCUCAGGGAAAACCGGUACAGGCAAGAGUCUGAUGCUGGCGGCGAUUUUGGGAGAAGUCGACCUCCUAGGCGGCACCCUAUACGUGCCGAGAGCGCCACCUCUCUCGGAACGCCACGACGACAAGGCACACAAGGGCAACUGGAUUAUUCCGAAUGCAAUUGCGUACGUUGCGCAGAUCCCUUGGAUCGAGAACGCAAGCAUCAAGGACAACAUUCUGUUUGGGCUGCCCGACGACGACGAGCGGUAUAAUAAGACGGUCGAGGUCUGCGCGCUGAAGAAGGACCUAGAGAUGCUCGACGAUGGCGAAAACACCGAAAUCGGCGCGAACGGUAUCAAUCUUAGCGGUGGCCAGAAAUGGCGUAUCACGCUUGCCAGAGCUGUCUACUCCCGCGCUGGAAUCCUCGUCCUCGACGAUAUCUUCAGUGCUGUCGAUGCACAUGUUGGCCGCCACAUCUUUGAGAAGUGCCUCAACGGAGAGCUGGCCGCCGGCAGGACGAGGAUUCUGGUCACCCACCAUGUAGCGCUCUGCGAACCCAAGACGAAAUUUCUGAUGGAACUCGGCGACGGCGGCGUUCUACAUGCUGGUCUCCUCUCGGAGCUACGAGAGGAGGGCACAUUACAGAAGAUCAAAAGCCACGGGCAAACAGCGGAUGAGAUUGAGGUGGAGGAGUUGGCUACUGCAGUGAACUCUGACAUGUCCUCAGUUGAGGAACCCGAACAAGAGGAUGCGGAUGGGAAUAAUUUGAAGAAGGUUCCGUCGAAGAUCCCGUCCAAGGUGCCCGAGGCGCGCAAGUUUGUCGAGGAAGAGAAACGUGAGCAGGGCGCGGUCAAGAGUCGUAUCUACUCGACCUAUCUGAGGGAUAGUGGCGGGUUUUUCUUUUGGGCGUUUGCGGUUUUGAUUUUCAUGAGUGUUCAGGGCUUCAACCUUGGACGUUCAUGGUGGCUCAAGCUUUGGACAAGCAACUACGAGGAGCUGGGCGUUCAUCAACAGCGCAUUCCCAACGUCUCCAGCGAAUACGGAUAUUCAUACACCCAGAGUCUGCGCCAGUCGGUCCACGUCAUGUCUGCGCCUUCGGUCACGGUCCAGGGCAGUUUAUUCUACUACUUGGGCAUUUAUGUCCUCUUGGCCGUCAUAUCUUCCAUGAUCGGUACCCUGAAGUUCCCGUACAUAUACCUUGGCUCUCUCCGCGCCAGCCGCAAGCUCUUCGCCAAGUUGAACUUCACCAUCCUCCGUGCCCCCAUCCGAUGGCUAGACACAGUACCGGUCGGCCGCAUACUGAACCGCUACACAGCCGAUUUUAACACACUCGACUCGCAGCUGGCUAACUCGGUAAGCUUCGGUGCUGGUUCGUUCCUGGGUCUCAUGGCAGUCGUCGUUUCCGGCUUCUUCGUGUCACCGUAUAUCGUCCUACUGGCCUUCUUCCUUCUUCUAAUCUGCCUGUACUACGCCAUCCGCUAUCUUAACGCCGCACGGCCUGUCAAGCGGCUAGAGAGCACGUCGAAGUCGCCCGUCUUCGAGCAGUUCGGCUCUGCCCUCACCGGCGUCACCACCAUCCGUGGCUUUGACAAGGCCCAGGUCUACGUGGAGCGCAUGUAUCGGAAGAUUGACGACUACUCAACCGCGACAUGGCACCUGUGGCUUUUCAACCGAUGGAUGGGCUGGCGGAUGUCGCUUGUUGGCUCGUUCUUCUCAAGCUUUGUGGCGAUUGUCAUCCUGCUCACCCCCGACAUGGACUCCGCCCUAGCCGGCUUUGCGCUCGCCUUCGCGCUCGACUUUACGAGCUCGGUUACGUGGACUAUCCGACUCUAUGCGAACCUUGAGCUGAACAUGAACGCUGCGGAGCGAAUCAUCGAGUACACCGAGCUGCCGACCGAGGCACUCGACGGCAAAAGUGCUCCUGCUGCAUGGCCUACCGAAGGUCGCAUCGAAGUCAACGAUCUCGUGGUUUCUUACGCACCCGACCUGCCGCCGGUCCUCAAAGGCCUCACUUUCAGCAUCAACCGCAACGAGCGCAUCGGCGUCGUCGGCCGCACCGGGGCGGGCAAAUCGUCCCUCACACUCGCCCUGUUCCGUUUCCUCGAAGCCAAGUCAGGGAGCGUCUUCAUCGACGGGCUCGACAUCUCCAAGAUCAAACUCCACGACCUCCGCUCGCGCCUGGCCAUCAUCCCGCAGGACCCCGUCCUCUUCUCCGGCACCGUCCGCUCCAACCUCGACCCCUUCGACCACCACAGCGACACCGAGCUCCGCGACAGCCUAGAACGCGUGCACCUCAUCGGCGCCAGCACAGGCACGCACACCCCAUCCGCCGCCACCACCCCGGUCGACUCCGCCUCCACCUCCACCGCCUCCCCGAAGAACACCAACCCCUUCGCGGACCUCUCAUCAGCCAUCUCCGAAGGCGGCCUCAACCUCUCGCAGGGCCAGCGGCAGCUGCUGUGCCUGGCGCGGGCCAUCGUCGCGCGCCCGCGCGUCAUGGUGCUGGACGAGGCGACGUCGGCCGUGGACAUGCACACGGACGCGCUCAUCCAGCGCAGCAUCCGCGAGGAGUUCACCGACGCGACCCUGCUGGUGAUUGCGCACCGCCUCAGCACCAUUGCGGAUUUCGACCGCGUUCUGGUACUGAGUGAUGGGCGCGUGGCCGAGUUUGGCACGCCCCGGGAGUUGUGGGAGAUGGGGGAGGGGGGCAUGUUUAGGGGGAUGUGUGAGGAGAGUGGGGAGAGGGAGAAGUUGAGGGCGAUUGUGUUUGGGGAGAAGUGA